AUGUGCAAGGAUACCUUCCAAAUGACUGUCACUCUAUCUUCUUUUCAAGGCAUGCAAGGAACUCAAGCGGCUUUGUCAGUGGGAGAAAGACCACCUUUGCCGUGGGAGUCGCACCCACCGGAUCCCAUUGCACUCGUUCCUGCAGGUGCAAGUCAUCCUGUGACUCAGAGACGACAUCGCUGUAUUGCAGCCAUUCAAGAAGUUCAAUUGUCAGCUCUACGGUCAUUCCUACCUGAACCUCAACAACAUGAUACAAAGAAAACGUUGCUUCUGAUCGAUCCCGGAUACCAUGCGAAUGUUGGAGACCACAUGAUCACCGUAGCGGAACAGGAAAUUUUCAAGCGUCUGGGGUGGAAAGCAGAAGUAGAGGCAUACAGCAGGACUAUGCAGAAAACAUGGCAAGGCAACACCGACCCACCAGCCAAAACGAGUUCGGAAUCCCACUAUCUGGAAUGUCAUUACAUUCAAGCUGCAGAAUUGGUGCCGCAUUGUCAAGACGUAAUUCAGGCAAUAGCCCAACAAUCCGCAACUCCGCAGCAGCAGCAGCAGCAGCAGCUACUAGCCGUUUGGCACGGGGGUGGGAAUUGGGGAGAUUUGUGGCCGAGUGUUCACAGGGCUCGUUUGGAGCAAUCAUUUCAAGCUCUGUUGCGAGCCAACUUUUCUGUGUAUGGUAUGCCACAGAGCCUCUAUUAUCGCGAAAAGGUAGUGCAAGACUAUGACGCUCGUCUUUUGAAACAUCAGAUACAAAAGGGGCUGCUAGGGCGGGAGAAGCCCUCACCAGUGAUGCUCACCUGGCGAGAGCAUGAAAGCUUUGACCAGGCCCAACAACUGUAUCCCUAUGUUCAGCAUUCGGUGCUUCCUGACAUUGCUUUUCAGCUGGGUCCAUACAACUGGCGGGACUUUGUCCAACCAGCAGAGACACGGGCACAAGUUGACUUUCUGUUCUUGCUGAGGAGAGACCACGAGUCCAUGAUCUUGCCUCCCCAAAAGGAGGCAAAUGAUGACAAUGAUGAGGGUGAACAAGAACAUGGCGGGGCAUUAAAUGCAACGGCCAUGGCCGAGCACAUACGAAAUGCUGUGAAUUUGGCCAUGGAAAAGAGCGGUAGCCGCGACUCCUUCCAGUCAUCUUUUCGAGUUGUGGACUGGCCCGAUCGAUUGCACUUGUUCCAAAGCAAGGAUCCUUUCUUUACAAAGACGGCUAUUCAGCUUCUUGCAAUGGGUCGCGUCUUGAUAUGCGAUAGGCUGCAUGCCGCCAUACUGGCAUUUUUGACAGAUCAUAUUCCCUUUGUCUACUUGGAUCAAUCGACGGGGAAGAUUUCGAAGUGCCUACGACUGGCAUUGGAUUCAGCAGGGAACGGAUGCAACAGCGGCAACUCAGCGCCUGAUGCGCUUGGGUUUUCUAGAGCUGACAACUUGACUGAUGCAAUCCAGAAAGCAGGUCAACUGCUCAAGCUGUCAUGA